AGACCUUACUGUUUCCUGUAGGCUGGGCUCAGCGGUUAGCUUCGACUUGUUGUGUUAUGAUGUUGCUUUAGUGCUUCAUUACUCAUGAACAGAGUUACUGUCAGGACCGGGAGGAUGUACGGAUAAAAUGGGACAACGUGGAGAUAUCGUCUCAUCACCGGAUGUGACUUCUGAAGGUACUUGCUUUUCUCCUGCCUCGGAUCGGAGAGAAUAACAGAGAGAAGGAGAUGGAAACGAUGACUGCUCUCCACUCGUCAUCAGCCUCCACUUUAACGCUCUCAGAGAGAUACUGAAGGACGAGACGGGUCCGCUGGCUUUCAGGAAAGAUUGUGAGAGAAGGAGAAAGCACCCACAGCUAUAAGCCACGCCUCACAAAGCAGAGGAAAUGGCUUUCUUGGACAAUCCAGCCAUUAUCCUGGCCCACAUCAGACAGUCUCAUGUGACCAGCGACGACACGGGGAUGUGUGAGAUGGUCCUGAUCGACCAGGAUGUGGAUCUGGAGAAGUGCCAGCUGGCUCUGGUGCCCGGCAGCAGCUGUGGGUCGACAGGUUCGGGUUCUCUGAGCGAGGGGGGGACCAGUGUGACGGACAAUCACGCCUGUGACCUCUCCCAGUCCAUGGACAUCACCUCUAGCUGGGACUUUGGUAUCCGGCGGCGCUCAAACACAGCCCAAAGACUUGAACGUUUAAGGAAGGAGCGGCAGAACCAAAUCAAAUGUAAAAACGUUCAGUGGAAAGAGAGAUCGUCCUCCCAAUCAGUGGAGGAUCUGGGGAUACUGUUUGAAAAACGGGACUUAAAGGACCGACCACGGACAUCCGGAACCAAAUCCACCCUCUCCCUGCGGCUGGAGCAGUGUCCCCAGCAGCUCAACAACCCCUUCAACGAAUACUCCAAAUUUGACGGGAAGGGCCACAUCGGCACGACGGCCACCAAGAAGAUCGACGUCUACCUCUCCAUGCAGAUGGCUCAGGAGAAACUCCAUCCCAUGACCGUGGUGACCAUCGCCAACGCCCGCGUCCACGACCUCAUCGGACUCAUCUGCUGGCAGUAUACGGGCGAGGGGCGAGAACCCAAACUCAACGAGAAUGUGAACGCGUACUGCCUCCACAUCGCAGAGGACGACGGCGAGGUGGACACAGACUUUCCUCCUCUGGACUCCAACGAGCCGAUCCACAAGUUUGGCUUCAGCACGCUGGCUCUGGUGGAGAAAUACUCGUCGCCGGGUCUCGCCUCCAGACAGUCACUGUUUGUCAGAAUAAAUGCUGCUCAUGGUUUCUCUCUGAUCCCCGUGGACAGUCUGAAGGUCACCAUGAAGGAAAUCCUCCAGAAAGCUCUGAAGAAAAGGAAAGGCUCACAGAAAGGCUCAGGUAAUCACACAGGUCCGAUGUAUCGUCUGGAGAAGCAGACGGAGCCAAACGUCUCGGUGGACUUGGACUCGACACUCGAGACUCAGAGCACUCUGGAGUUUUGUCUGGUCAGAGAAAACAGCUCGAGAGGCGAGGAGAGCUCAGAAGAAGACCCUCCCAUUGACAUCACCACAGUCCAGGACAUGCUGAGCAGUCACCACUACAAGUCCUUUAAGAUCAGUAUGAUCCACAAGCUGCGCUUCACCACGGAUGUCCAGCUAGGCAUUUCAGGAGAGAAAUUGGAGAUCGAUCCUGUCACCAAUCAGAAGGCCAGUACAAAGUUCUGGAUCCGACAGAAACCGAUCUCCAUCGACUCGGAUCACCUCUGUGCCUGUGACCUCGUAGAGGAGAGGAGCCCCAGUCAUGCCAUUUUUAAACUCACUUAUCUCAGUAACCACGACUACAAGCCUCUCUACUUUGAGUCGGAUGCUGCUACGGUCAACGAAAUCGUGCUAAAGGUGAACUACAUCCUGGAGUCUCGGGCCAGCUCCUCCCGGGCCGAUUACUUCACCCAGAAACAGAGAAAACUGAGCCGCCGGACCAGCUUCAGUUUCCAAAAGGACAAGAAGACGGGUCAGUAAGACAGACCCAAGCUGCUCAGACACCUGUCUGUCUGUCUUAAAGACGCCUGACCGUCUCACUGACAGUUUCAGGCUAACAGAGGUGGAGACGAUGUGAAGUCAGAGGAGCCGAGAAAAAGAGAGCGAAGAGCAGGACAAACGUCUCAGAAAACGUCUGAAAGUCCACCAGGGUGAACGUCAACGAGCAGAAGCGAGCUCCUCUUCCUGUUUCUGAGAGGAACGAGACGUGAAAUAAAAGAGGGGCGGAGUUUGAGCUGCCUGUCGGUCCUCGUUCAUUCACUGCCUCCAUCUUCAGAUGGACUCAUUACAGCUUCUUAUGUUGGUGCAUCCGACAUCAAAUCAAAGCUAUGUGCUAAUAUCUCUGCUUCUGUCGGCCAUCUUUAACAGAUUUAACACAAACUGUCACAUUUUUAAUGUCUGUACAUAAAGAUUUUACAUUCAGGAAAUUAAAUAAUGGUGAUGAAACCAA